CAGUCCUACUCUUUCAAUCGCUCCACCACUUUUACAAUUUACAAAUGUCUUUGGAAACCCUAAAACGUUAAAUUUACUCAUCAAGGAAGGACGAAUGGCGUUGAGAAGCCAAUUAUGUCGAAAUCUCAAAGAACUACGGAUUUUGUUUUGCCAAAAAUCCCCUUCCAGUGCCCCCGCCAGAUCAUUCGUGGAGAAUAAUUACAAGGAUCUUAAGACUUUAAACCCUAAACUCCCGAUCCUCAUCCGUGAAUGCAGUGGGAUUGAGUCCCAAAUGUGGGCUAGAUAUGAUAUGGGUGUCGAGAGGGGCAUUCGCUUGGAAGGUUUGAGCGAGCAACAGAUUUUGAAGGCACUUGAAGACCUUAUCAAGGCAGGGGCAUCCACCAAGGCUUAAUCAUAUUACUGCUAUUUAAUCCAAAGGUCUGAAAAAAAAACUCACGUCUUUCCAGGAACUGUUUCAUUUUUAUGGUUGUUGGGUUCCUUAUAUUUUCAGCCAUCAUAACUGAUGUUGUAAGAUGAUGAUUGUUGAAGGUUUCAGUAUUUGUUGCCUUGCACUUUAAGGGUAUCACCUUCUUGAUUACUGUUAUGUUGCUUUUUCUAGUUAACCAACAUGUUAAUUAUCAACACUUUAAU